AUGCCAAAGCAACGGGAUGAAUCGGAAGCGAGAGGUACCAACGAGACGACGCCGAAUGCUUGUCAGGCAUGCAACGAGUUGGAUAAUUCCCGAAUGGUCCAGUGUGACAUGUGUGAUGACUGGUACCACUUCGACUGCGUAGGGGUCAACCAAGACGUCGAGAAUCACGAUUGGCUUUGCUCAGUCUGUAUGGAGAAGCAGCAAACCAAGAACAAAAAGUCGACAAAAUAUAUUCCCCUGCCGGUACCGUCUGUAAGUACACUUAGCCCGAUAAGCAUUAGCAGUGUGGCACCGUUGAGUACUGCCACCGAUAUAGUGACGAGCAUGGCUGUCACCUCUAUGUUUCCGACAAAUACAGUUUACCCUACGAUUGGGCAAAACAUUACUAUGCCACCCGUUUCUCAAAUGCCGCCCCACUAUUUUAUGCCACCACAUUCUUUGAUAUCGUCAAAUGCCUUAUUGCCACCCUAUUCGUUUAUGCCACCCCUUUAUUCGAUACCUCCUUGUCAGCCUAUGCAAGUUGUUUGCACUAUGCCGUCAGUGCCAUCGUCCCGCUGGUCAAAUCCGUACGCGUCACUACCGGGAGUGAAUAAUUAUGAUAUGUGUAACACAGUGCCAUCUAGUUUUACUCAGCCGAUUCCGUCGAUACCAAAUGUAGUUCCAAAUACUGUUCCAAUAGAAGGAUCGCAGAAACCUUUGCCGAAUCCAGUGCAUACUAAUAAUCCCCCGAAAGCCCAACAAGUUUUGGAGGAUAACUUGAGCCAGCAUUCCGCAGCAAUUUUCGGACAGUCCGUCAAGCAGAGACAGUUGCAAAUGGAGUUGCAGAUUUUGGACGACGAGAGGAAAAUACAGGAAGAGGAAGAAGCUAAUCGGCGUCAGUAUCUGCGUAAGCGACACGAGUUGAUGACGAAGAUGGUCCGCGAAACCGCGCCUGUUGCUGAUGUCGAGGAAGAGCGAUCGAAUCAACGAGUUUCUGAGUGGAUAAGUGAGACGGUUAAUGCGAAUGUACAGGAUACGCACUGUCCACGGGCUGACGUUGUUCCGGAACAACUUUCACAGAGAAUCCAACGCAGUUCCACUCCAGCUGUUGCGUCAACUCAUCCACACGAAAUGCCACAAAAUAUGCAACCAAUUUCCAACCAAAGGAUAGAGAAUGCAGAAGGUGGUUUUAUCCCGAGACGGCGCUCGACACCAAGGCAGACUUCAAUUGAAGAGGAAGACGAUAUUAAUUUAACACGCAAGCAAGUCGCUGCUCGCCAAGCAGUUUCGCGGGAUCUUCCCUCAUUCAGCGGUACUCCGGAAGAAUGGCCGUUGUUUUACUCAACGUUCACAACAACGACCAACCUGUGUGGAUACACGUCGGAGGAAAACCUGGUCCGAUUGCAAAAAUGCCUUAAAGGCAAGGCACACGAAGCAGUAAAGUGUAGAUUGAUGCAUCCUGGGAAUGUCCCAGGUAUAAUAUCUACCUUAAAGAUGCUGUUUGGAAAUCCAGAAGUCAUCGUGCAGAACCUUAUCUCUAAGAUUCACUCCACACCAGCGCCGAAGGCCGACAAACUGGACACUCUCGUCGAGUAUUCUCUGGCUGUGCAGAAUCUCUGUGCGACUAUCGAAGCUUGUCAGCUUGAAGAAUACGCCUACAACGUAGCUCUGCUGCACGAGCUUGUAGACAAGCUACCGCCUUCCUUCAAGGUUGACUGGGCCAAGCAUCGCCGUGAUUUACCUCGGGUAAACCUGAUAGCAUUUUCGGCUUGGCUGUACCAGUUAGCAGAGACAGUUUGUCCAAUCGCACGACUGACUUGCAGUGAAGCGGUUCCCGGUCGAGGAAACAAGAAGAACUCAGCUUACGUCAACACGCACAGUGAGGAGAGCUCUGACAAUCCGAAGGAGAAACCGGAUCAUCGAGCGAAAGGGAAUCCAUCCGGUCCGUCUUCCUCAGGUGGCUGCGUAGCUUGUAAAGGAAAUUGUCCGAAGUUGGAGAAGUGCCAGCGAUUCAACGAGCUUUCGUACAAUGCUCGAUGGGCGAUUAUCAAGGAGUUCAUGCUUUGCAGAAAAUGUCUCAAGAAGCAUAAGGGCAGCUGCAAAUCCCUACAAGUGUGCGGAAAGAACGGCUGUACGUUCAAACACCAUGAACUUUUGCACAACUACCAACGGGAUGGAGCGGGAUCGAACCCAUCUUCCAGUAAGGGUCAGAACUCCAACGCAGGCACUCAAAACACAUCGGUGCGUGAGUGCAAUACUCACCACAAGUCGACUAACCAAGGACUGUUCCGUGUUGUCCCGGUGGUCAUUCAUGGCCCGAAGAAAUCCAUCAAGACGUACGCCUUCCUAGAUGAUGGCUCAUCUCUUACGUUGGUUGAUGCAUCCCUAGUCCAAGAAUUGGGAUUGCAAGGAAACCCGGAGCCACUGUGCCUGAAGUGGACCGGGAACAAGCGCCGGCUGGAAAAUGAUUCACUAAAACUCGACAUCGACGUAUCUGGAACGGGUGAAAUCCAGAAGAAAUACUGCCUACGAGGAGUUCAUACUAUUUCCAACCUGGAUCUAUUCCAUCAGACGGUGGAUGUGCACCAAUUAGCUAAACGAUACCGGCACCUGCGGGGAAUUCCUAUCGAAUCGUACAACAAUGUACAACCUCGAAUCCUAAUCGGGAUAGACAAUGCCAACAUCACGCUGCCGCUUAAGGGAAGGGAAGGAAAUAUGUUCGAGCCGAUUGCAACGAAGACUCGUCUGGGCUGGAUUGUGCACGGAGGCUCCAGUACAACUGACUCGUUAGUAGGAUACCAUUCAGUGGAAUUCUGUCCAUGCAGCGAAUCGUCCGAUCACAUGCUGCAGCAAUCAAUUCAGGAGUACUUUUCUUUGGAAGGUCUGGGCAUCUGUAAGUCGAAAAAGCCUCUGAUCUCUGGUGAAGAAGAACGUGCGCAACAGCUUUUACAGUCUGUCACCCAAACAGAUAGCGGAAGAUACGAAGUACCUCUACUGUGGAAGUACGACAAAGUCCAUCUACCUAACAGCAAACCAGCGGCUCUGCGACGGUUUCACUGCCUUGAGAAUAGGAUGAAGAAGCAGCCGAAGCUAGCCGAGGUAUUGCGUGCGAAGAUCGAUGACUAUCGGCGGAAAGGGUACAUAAGGAAGCUGUCGAACGAGGAACUACAGAAACCGCAAGAACGAGUGUGGUAUCUUCCGCUGUUCCCGGUUAUCAACCCGAAUAAGCCGGGGAAAGUCAGGUUUGUUUGGGACGCAGCAGCAAUGACAAACGGCGUAUCGCUCAAUUCCAUGCUGCUGAAAGGGCCGGACUUGCUGACUCCGCUGGACUACGUUCUCUACCGGUUCCGCGAAUUUCGAAUUGGACUUAGUGGUGACGUUAGGGAGAUGUACCUGCAGAUGCUGAUGGCUUCGCGAGAUCAACACUGCCUUCGAGUACUGUGGAGUGACGACGGAAAGGGCGAACCUAGCACGUAUGUAACACAGGUUAUGCCAUUCGGAACCUCCUGUUCACCAUCCUGUGCACAGUACGUGAAAAAUCUCAACGCGAGCAAUUUCGCAGGCCAGUACCCGCAAGCAGCACAUACGAUUAUAAAACAGCAUUACGUGGACGACAUGUUGGCGAGCGUGGAAACGGAAGAGGAGGCAAUUCAGUUGGCGAAAGACGUAAAGCACGUUCACGCUCAAGCGGGACUCGAAAUGCGCAAUUGGAUCUCAAACUCGCCAGCGGUGGUGGAAGCAAUGAAGGAGACGAAGACCGACGAGAAGAAUCUCAACCUGGGACCAGAGCUGGGAACAGAAAAGGUCCUAGGAAUGUGGUGGUGCACGGCUACAGAUACGUUCACGUACAAGCUCUCGGUGAAACACGACCGUGACCUGUUAGCUGGAACGCGUAAACCCACGAAGAGGGAGGUUUUACGAACGCUCAUGGCCGUCUUUGAUCCACUAGGAUUGAUAUCCAACGUGCUCGUCUACUUGAAGGUUCUAUUCCAGGAGAUAUGGAGAUGCGGCAUCGAUUGGGACGACGAAAUUCCGGACAGUCUCAACGAGAAGUGGGAGAAGUGGAUCGAGGUUUUACCUAAAGUGCAAUACGUCAGGAUUCCUCGUUGUUAUCGCUCUAUUACAUCGCUAACUCCAGAAACUAAUAUCCAGUUGCACACGUUCGUUGACGCAAGUCUCUCUGGAUUCGCCGCUGUAGUCUAUCUACGCAUCGAGCAGGGUAGCUCUGUGGAAUGUGCCAUAGUGGGCGCAAAAGCACGGGUUUCUCCCCUCAAGUUCGUCUCCAUUCCCAGACUGGAGUUGCAGGCGGCGGUCAUCGGUGUCCGGCUGGCGGACCGAAUCUCUAAGUCCUUAACAUACAAGAUCGACAAACGAGUUUUUUGGAGCGAUUCUCGUGACGUACUGUGCUGGAUACGAUCAGACCACCGCCGGUAUUCACAAUUCGUCGCAGCCCGUGUUAGCGAGAUUCUUGAGACGACAGAAAUGACAGAUUGGAGGAAUAUCAACACGAAGGACAACGUAGCGGACGACGCUACCAAGUGGGAGCGGCAACCAGAUCUUACAGAGGAAAGCAGAUGGUUUACGGGACCGAAGUUCUUGUGGGAGCACAAUGAAUACUGGCCUGUGGAUUCACAUCAGAGCAGCUCGACGAAUGAGGAACUCCGCGCGAAUCUCUUCCAUCACAUAACAAGUCCACCUCCAGUGAUAGACGUACGACGGUUCUCCCGUUGGCAGAGUUUGCUUCGAGCCACUGCUGUAGUGCUGCGCGUCAAACACAAUUUUCUUUGCGUGAUCGACAAAUUGUCACGAAGGGAUGGCCUGCUUACGGCGGACGAGCUGCGGCAGGCAUCUAUUUUCCUAUUCCGGCAAGCACAAGCAGAAUCAUAUCCAGAUGAAAUUAGGAUCCUCGCGAGCGCAGAAAAGUCCAAGAAGUCGUUGAUGAAGUCCAGUUCGAUAUACAAGCUAAACCCUUUUCUCGACGAGCACCAAGUUCUACGGAUGCACGGUAGGAUCAGCGCGUGCGAGUACGCCUCGAUGGAUGCUCGUAAUCCAAUAAUCUUAUCGCAGAGCAAUUACGUAGCUUGGUUAGUGGUGAAGGACUGUCACGAACGGUUCCAUCACAGGAAUCACACCACCGUCUUGAACGAGCUGCGGCAUGUCUACCGGAUUCCGAGGCUGAAACAGCUGUUCAACAAAGUCAAAGCAGGGUGCCAGAUGUGUAAGAAUGAGAAAUCAGUUCCACAACCUCCUCCAAUGGGUGAUCUACCGGAAGCAAGACUGGCGGCGUUCACUAGACCUUUCUCCUUUGUUGGGGUUGACUAUUUCGGUCCGAUUAAUGUGGUGGUAGGGCGUAGAGUUGAGAAACGUUGGGGUGUGCUAACGACGUGCUUAACAGUGCGCGCGAUACACUUAGAAGUCGCGCACUCACUCAGUGCAGACUCUUGCAUAAUAGCAUUGAGAAACAUGAUGGCAAGGCGAGGCGUACCAAUUAAAAUCUAUAGUGAUCGCGGAACGAAUUUCACGGCAGCGAGCAAAGAGCUGAAGGCGGCCCUCCAAGAGAUAGACCAAGAAGCAGUCGUUCGAGAGAUCGUGAGUCCAGAUACCGAAUGGGUUUUCCUUCCCCCAGCCUCACCGCAUAUGGGAGGAGCCUGGGAAAGGCUUGUGCAGACGGUGAAGAGGAACUUGGCAGCAAUACGUCCAGUACGGAAUCCGACCGACGAAUCACUGCGCAACAUGCUGAUCGAAGUGGAGAAUACGAUCAACUCGCGGCCGUUAACGCAUGUCCCGGUGGAAGACCCAGAUGCUCCAGUUCUGACGCCAAACCACUUCCUCCUGGGUUCCUCGAGCGGUCUCAAACCGGCGUCAACUCUAGACAACCGUGCAGUGGCUUUGCGACGAUCCUGGUGCGCUUCGCAGGUAGAGGUUAACAUCUUUUGGCAACGAUGGGUGCGAGACUACAUGCCGGAUCUAACAAAGCGAACUAAGUGGUUCAGCGAGGUAAAGCCGAUAGAGCUGAACGAUGUUGCUGUAGUGGUAGACCCAGCUCUUCCCCGCAGUUGCUGGCCGAAGGGGCGUAUAAUCGCGGUCAACCAGAGUAAGGACGGCCAGGUAAGGUCUGCAGUGGUGCAAACAAUGUCAGGAGUCUACGAGCGUCCCGCGACGAAGCUCGCCAUACUAGAUGUUCGACGCGACAGACAGGUAAGCCAGGAACCUGGCGUACCCGGGGGGGAGUGUUACGACCCCUCGGUCGGCGCAUCUCACUACGGCGACUUUCAGAUGUAUCAGUCUUGGCCGGGCGAAACGAACAAUAAACUCGCUCAACGAGACAACUGUCACUAG